CAAAAAAAAAAAAAAAAAAAGAACAAGAACAAGAACAAGAACAAGAUAAAACAUGAGCUCAUCACAAUCGGCUAAGGAACAACAACAAGCCGUUAAGGCAACCAUCAAAGCUAUCGAACAAGACUACAAGUCCAAGGUCCAUGAGGCCGAGAAGAAAUGCUCUACCCUCCGCAAGGAAGCUGAAAAGGUUGCAGAGCACGAGAAGGCCAAGAUCAAGGAUAAGAAGGACAAGGUUGAUCGUGAAGCCAAGGACGAACUCCAACAGAUCAAGCACGAGGCUGCAGAGGUCCAUAUCAAACUCGUCAUGGAUCUCGUCAAGAAUGUCAUCCUCGAUAUCCAGUCUCGGAACCUCGAACUUCAAGGCCACUAUUACCAGUCGCCGAACCACACCAUGGGGGGUAGCGGCAAUGGUGGGGAUACCAUUAACCGAAGCAAUUCCUCCUCGUCUGCACCAUCCACCACAUCUACAGCCUCAUCUUCGGUUGCGAAGGAGGACGCGGAGAUUAAAGAAUGGGUCGAAUAUACAGCCGAACGACUCGAGACCCACAUGUCGAAGAGUCAAGCGCGACAGCGGCUCUUGGAGGAGAUUGCCACGGGUGCGUUGAUGAGGCAGCAUCAAACACAGCAGGAAGCGGCCCGCAGGACCGAGGACCUGCAGAGACAGCUGCAGCAACUGCAGCUGUUACAGCAACAGCAACAACAACAAGGACAGGGACAGGAGGUGGGCGGACAGGAUGUUCCCCCGCCAGCAUAUAUGGCUCCCGUCGGCAUUGCGAGCGCGGAUUAUAGCAUGCUCGGUCCUAAAAAGAGGUGAAUAUUGCAAGUCAGUUCCGGACCUUCAAUUGCUAAGCCCCAAGCGACAUUCAGAAACGGGUGCUGUGCUGAUUGGGCAUGCUAUUCUGCAGGCAUCCACGAUGGACGGAUACAAGACCAUUAUAAUGCACAUGGCUGUAUUGCAUUGCUGGUGUUUCGCAAGAACACAACCCGUGUUUACAGCGACCCUCGGAUUACCCGACUCUCUUUUCCCACUUGUCAUGCAAAAAAUAAAUAACCCACGAUUUAAAAGAUAAGAG